GACAGAGAUUCCUCAGCUCAGAGAAUAAAAGUGUCGUCAGGAGAAGUUGUGAGAGGAGACUUGUGUCCCGUCCAGCGCUGCUUCGUCCCCCAGUGAAGACAUCCCACAGCCAGAGGACCACCAGCUCCGGACACAUUGCUCUCCACCAGGAACCGAAGCAACGAACCCACAAACUACGUGUUAUUCCCCGGAGACUGUUCCUGUCGAGCUGGCGGAGAUGUUUAAGAUAAAAAGGAUCUGCUGCAUUGGUGCUGGAUACGUAGGAGGGCCGACAUGCAGUGUGAUCGCCCACAUGUGUCCAGACAUCACGGUGACGGUCGUGGAUAUCAAUGAGUCUCGCAUCAAAGCCUGGAACUCUGACACUCUGCCCAUAUACGAGCCGGGUCUGAAAGAAGUGGUUGAAUCAUCUCGAGGGAGAAACUUGUUUUUCUCUACAGACAUCGACUCAGCCAUCAAGGAUGCUGACCUUGUCUUCAUCUCGGUCAACACCCCGACAAAGACCUACGGGAUGGGAAAGGGUCGCGCCGCUGACCUCAAGUACAUCGAGGCCUGUGCUCGGCGAAUCGUGGAGGUGUCUGAUGGCUACAAGAUUGUCACAGAGAAGAGCACCGUCCCAGUCCGAGCUGCCGAGAGUAUUCGACGGAUAUUCGAUGCCAACACCAAGCCCAGCCUAAACCUACACGUGCUGUCCAACCCCGAGUUCCUGGCAGAGGGAACUGCAGUGCGGGAUCUGAAGGACCCCGACCGUGUCCUGAUUGGUGGAGAUGAAACGGCUGAGGGUCAACGAGCCAUCCGAGCUCUGUGUGCCGUCUAUGAACAGUGGGUUCCCAAAGCAAAGAUCAUCACCACCAAUACGUGGUCGUCCGAGCUGUCCAAACUGGCAGCCAAUGCGUUCCUGGCACAGCGAAUCAGCAGCAUCAACAGCAUCAGUGCGCUGUGUGAAGCCACCGGAGCCGAUGUGGAAGAGGUGGCCUUGGCGAUUGGAAUGGAUCAGAGAAUAGGGAGCAAGUUUCUUAAAGCCAGCAUAGGUUUUGGUGGAAGCUGUUUCCAGAAGGACGUCCUGAACCUGGUUUAUCUAUGCGAGGCCCUCAAUCUGCCUGAGGUCGCCUCCUAUUGGCAGCAGGUGAUAGACAUGAACGAGUACCAGAGGCGGCGGUUUGCUUGCAGGAUCAUUGACUGCCUCUUCAACACUGUUACUGGUAAAAAGAUCGCUCUGCUUGGCUUCUCCUUCAAAAAAGACACUGGUGACACAAGGGAGUCUUCCAGUAUCUACAUCUCAAAGUAUCUGAUGGAUGAGGGAGCCAAGCUUUUCAUAUACGACCCCAAAGUUCUCAAAGAACAAAUCAUUUAUGACCUGUCCCAGCCCAACAUCUCCGAGGACAACCCAGAAAGAGUGUCGGAGCUGGUGACUGUGGCCUCCGACCCGUAUGAGGCUUGUCAAGGUGCACACGCUCUGGUCAUCUGUACUGAAUGGGACAUGUUUAAGGAACUAGACUAUGAGAAGAUCUACAAGAAGAUGCUGAAGCCAGCCUUUUUAUUUGACGGUCGCAGAGUGCUGGACCACCUCCACCCUCUCCUCCAGAACCUCGGCUUCCAGAUCGAGACCAUCGGUAAGAAGGUGACAGCGUCGAGAAUUCCCUACAGCGCUGUCGGUGCCACCGAGCCUGCCCCAAAGAAAGCCAAAGUCUAAGACUCCCUCCACCCCCCCACCACACACUCUCUCCACAUUCUCUCUCAACCUUUUUAUUGCUGGUGAAAGGACGUUCACCCCUCCCUCAGUACACGCCUUCUCCUGAAGGCGAAACAGCGCGACUAAAUGCUCCCCUGCAGUGUUUGGAACGAGAGCUUUGUUGAACCAGGGACGAAUCAUUCCUAGCAUAAAGACUUCAUAUUAUUCAUAUCAUGUUAAACUGCAUUAAUCAACCAAACAUUUCAGCUCAGUUAUACAUGCACGGUCAUCACUUUCAAAUGGAGCACUAUCAGUGUUUACUUUCCUACAGUAAUUACUGUAUAAUCAAGCAAUGUUGAUAAAUUCCAAACUUUUAUACUAUUUUAAAAAAAUAUUUUUAUAAAUCAUCUUACUGUUUGUCAAUCAGUAUGUGUCCUCUGUCUGUUUAUAACUAAAAGGGCCAUUGCAAUAAAGCGUGAAGUGUGUCCUUAA